AGCGUAAAAGGGGAAGGCGACGCCCGGCCAAGAGAUGGCGACCCGGCGAAAUGACAUAAAUGCCCCUUCCCCUCUCCUUUCCCUCUCUUCACAAGUCGAAGCCACUCCCCUAGUUCUCCUUGUUGACUUCCUCUCUCUCUUACAGUUCUCUGCUCACUGCUCAGAUCCUUCUCUCUGUCAAUGGAGACCUCUCCUCUUGGCUCCGGAGCUGGGGGCGGAGCUCCCGAGCUCCGGAUUCGGAGCUCUGAGCCCGCGGAUGACGGGAUCCUGUCGGAAUCCGCCUCCGACGAUGGGGCCGGCCCGUCCGCUGGCGGCGCGAGGUACAGGCUCAUGUCUCCUGCGAAGCUCCCGAUCACGAGGUCCGCUGGUAUCACGAUCCCGCCAGGCCUCAGCCCUACGUCCUUCCUUGAGUCCCCGGUCCUCCUCUCCAAUGUGAAGGUAGAGCCAUCUCCAACUACGGGUUCCUUCAUUAAACGCCAAAUAUUACAUGGAUCUGUCGUUUCCCCUUCGAGCAUGAAAACCUUGAAUUGCACCAGUGCUAAUGGAUUGGAUGACAGAUGGCCGGGCUACUUUGAGUUCAAACCCCCUUCCAGGACAAGCUUGGUUACUGCAGAGUUCAAUCAUCAAAGUGAGCAUGUACAUGCCCAAGCCCAGUACCAGGCUCGGUCAUUUGCAUCAGCGCGUGAUAGAGCUGUCUCCUCAGACGAGUUGACACUAUCCACUCCUUCAAAUUUGGUCACUUCAGGGGCAAACCCGCCUGCUGAAAUUGAUUCAGAAAAAUCGAACCAGAAAGAGCACCUUCAAUCCGAGGCUCUGUCUACACAGUCUGAUCAAAAAGGGAGUGGAUCUUUUCCUGGGGCUGAGAAUUUGUCAGAUGAUGGAUAUAACUGGCGGAAAUAUGGACAGAAGCUUGUUAAGGGAAGUGAAUUCCCCCGCAGCUAUUAUAAAUGUACGCACCCGAACUGUGAAGUGAAAAAGCUGUUUGAGCGAUCUCCUGAUGGACGUAUAACAGAAAUUGUUUACAAGGGAACCCAUGAUCAUCCUAAACCUCAACCAGGGCGGCGCUUUACUGCCGGUACAAUGAUGCCAAUCCAAGAAGAAAGAUCAGAGAGAGUUUCAUCCUUUCCUGGUGGCACGCUUGGCCAAACUAAUGGCAAUAUUGAGCCAAGUGGGACACCGGAGCUAUCCCCACUUGCUGCUAAUGAUGAUAUUACUGAAGGCGCUGCUUGCCUAUCAAAUAGGAUGAAUGAUGAGGCUGAUGAAGAUGACUUGUACUCUAAGAGAAGGAGGAUGGACAUGGGAGGGUUAGAUAUCACUCCGGUUGUCAAGCCCAUUCGAGAACCUCGAGUUGUUGUUCAAACUCUUAGCGAGGUAGAUAUACUGGAUGAUGGAUAUCGUUGGCGCAAAUAUGGACAAAAAGUGGUGAGGGGCAAUCCGAAUCCAAGGAGCUAUUACAAGUGCACGAACGCAGGAUGCCCUGUCAGGAAACAUGUAGAAAGGGCAUCUCACGACCCAAAGGCAGUCAUCACCACGUACGAAGGGAAGCACAAUCACGAUGUACCCAUUGCAAAGACCAGCAGCCAUGACACAGCUGGUCCCUCAGCCGCAUCAGAAAUGCCAAGAGUUAUGCCAGAGGGAAGCAGGGAGGCCAUCAGCCUUGAUCUCGGGGUUGGGAUCAGCUCGUCCACUGCUGCUGCUGCUGAGAAUAGAUCUGUCGAGCAGCAACAUUCUCUGCGUCAGCAGUUUGGUCAGAGUCAACCCCACCUCAGCAGCUCAUCUGAUGUCAGGGUGGUUCAAGGAAACGCUAUUGCAUCCCAUUACGGUGCUCAGAAUGGUGGAAUAAACCUGUUUGGAUCGAGACAGAAUUUCAAUGGAGGCCACAGCAUUGAUGUCUCCACUCUAAACCAUUCUUACUCGUAUCCACAAAACAUCGGAAGAAUACUGACAGGUCCGUAAAAGAACUAUACACGCCGACUGAAAUAAUGAGGUUUGAAUUUUCCCAAACAUGAUCGGAGAGCUCUUAUCCGAGUCCCGAGCAAAUUGUUUAUAUUUAUAGCUGUGUAACCUUGUGAAUCCCCAGCUGUGAUGUACAAAUUUGAGGGUGGUGUUCUACUAUUUAUUCAGGUGUGAUCUCACUAGCCAAUUUACUGCCAAUGGUAUUUAUAUGUACUAUUUGAAAAUGGAAGAUAUUGAAAGAAAAUACAGACUCUAGUGAUAACAUAAAUAUCGGCGUAUUGUCAA